AUGUUGCCGUUAGGACCUUGUGUGAACUACUCUGGUUGCCAAAUCACAUGGGCCAAGUUCUGUAAAGAAAACAUGGCUGGGAAGGGCUUCUCGUUCUGGGUGUGGUUGGACAACAUCAUUGACCUGGUUAAGAAGUACAUCCUGGCUCUAUGGAACGAAGGCUACAUCAUGGGCUUCAUCAGCAAAGAACGAGAGAGAGCGCUCCUCAGCCCCAAACCUCCUGGAACCUUCCUGCUGCGCUUCAGCGAGAGCAGCAAAGAGGGAGGCAUCACCUUCACGUGGGUCGAGAAGGACAUCUCCGGUAAGACGCAGAUCCAGUCGGUGGAGCCGUACACCAAACAGCAGCUCAACAACAUGUCGUUCGCUGACAUCAUCAUGGGAUACAAGAUCAUGGACGCCACCAACAUCCUGGUGUCUCCGCUCGUCUAUCUCUAUCCAGAAAUCCCCAAAGAAGAAGCUUUCGGCAAAUACUGCAGACCAGAGGCCGCGCCGGAGCCGGAGAUGGGAGGAGACUCCACCAGCAUCAUCCAGCCGUACUUGAAGACCAAGUUUAUCUGCGUUACCCCGUGCCCCUCGGUGUUCAUGGAUCUUCCGGACAGUGAUCUGCUUGGGAACGGAUUCCCAUGCACAAAUUCAGGAAACACCAGUGACCUGUUCCCCAUGUCCCCUCGCACUCUGGACUCCCUCAUGCACAACGAGACAGAGGCCACGCAGGGCCAUCUCGACUCGCUGACUUUAGACAUGGAUGUUGCGUCGCCGAUCUGA